CCAUCCCCCCCGACCAACAUGCAAUACCAGGAAAAUGGUGUUGCUGGUCGCCAUGGGAGGCCCGUCUAUGACGAUGCGGAUCGGCCCGAUCGACGGCUUGCUCAACCAUUCGUAGGGUGGACCCCAGAACGAAUGAACAACAGCGUCGACGUAUUCCUUAAAGAAUCCGAACUUGAAGAUUAUGCCGACUACAUUCGCCGUGGUGCGUUCCUCGCGCAGUCCAAUUCUGCACGGAACAAGAUCUCGCUCAAAGAGUCGGAAGCCAGAUACUUGGACUUGGAAAAUAGCACCAACCGCAUCGAUAAAUUCAAACAGCCUUGGAGAUUGUACGCGCUGGUGGGUUGUUGUUCGUUGGGAGCUGCCGUGCAGGGAUGGGAUGAGACAGCAGUCAAUGGAGCUCAGGUCUUUUAUAAGGAGGCCCUUGGUUUGGAUGGUAAAGAGGGGCUGCUUGGACUGGUCAACGGUGCACCAUACCUGUGCUGCGCGUUUGCUUGCUGGCUCAACUAUCCGAUGAAUAAGUGGUUCGACCGACGUGGGGUUAUCUUUAUCACCUGUCUCAUCAGCUCCCUCACAUGUCUCGGCCAGGCAUUCCCGCAAAGAUGGGAGCACCUUUUCGUCGCCCGGUUUCUUCUUGGAUUUGGUAUAGGCCCCAAGAGUGCAACAAUCCCUAUCUAUGCUGCCGAGGCUGCACCGGCCAACAUUCGUGGCGCGCUCGUCAUGAUGUGGCAGAUGUGGACCGCGUUUGGCAUCAUGUGUGGAUACAUUGCUGGUGUAGCCCUUGCAGAUGUCCGAGAUGGAAUGAACAAGGAAAUCUGCGGAGAAGGUUCCAAGAUUCUCCUUUCCUCUCGAUGCAGUCUCAACUGGCGGCUUAUGCUAGCGAGUCCGAUGAUUCUUCCUCUUGUCGUCGUUGCCUAUGUCUAUACCUUGCCAGAAUCACCGCGAUGGCUGUUAAAGAAAGCAAGAGCUGGUAACAAAAAGAAGUAUGAGGAGGCAUUCAUGGCUCUCUGCAAGCUCCGCCAUACCAAGCUACAGGCCGGCCGGGAUCUCUUCUUGAUCAAUUACUUGCUGCAGGGGGAAGAAGAGAUCAUGCAGCAACAGAAGCCCUUUUCGGAGAUGUUCUCGCUAGGCAGGAACCGACGGGCCUUGACUGCUUCAUUCAUACUAAUGAUCCUUCAGCAGCUGUGCGGAGUGAAUGUAGUGGCCUACUAUUCAAGCACCAUCCUCAAAGACCACGCCAAUUACUCCGACAUUGACUCCCUGAUUAUUUCCAUGGGUUUUGGGAUUAUCAACUUCCUCUUCGCUAUUCCAGCCAUAUGGACGAUCGAUACCUUUGGUCGCCGCAACUUACUCCUUUCCACCUUUCCCUUCAUGGGGAUUUUCCAGAUUGUGGUAGUGAUUGCAUUUGCGCUGCCUGAUAAAUCCUCCGCUCAACACAUACUCGUGAUUCUGGGCAUGUACCUCUUUGGUGUUGCCUACUCGCCGGGCGAAGGUCCAGUCCCGUUCGUGUAUUCGGCUGAAUCAAUGCCGCUCUACAACCGCGACUUCGGUAUGGGAUUGGUCACCAGUGUCAAUUGGCUCUUCAACUGGAUGGUGUCCAUGACGUGGCCGAAGAUGAGUAGCGCGUUCACGGUAUCGGGAGCAUUCGGAUGGUACGCAGCAUGGUGCUUCAUAGGCUGGUGGACGAUUCUGUUCUUCGUCCCCGAAACGAAGGAUUUGACGUUGGAGGACCUGGACCAGGUCUUUGGAUACCGCACGCGCGAGCAUAUGCGCCACGGCAUAGACCAAUUGACGUGGUUCAUUGGACGAUUCAUAUUUGGCAGGAAGAACUUACGGAAACCUGUUUUCCUGCGCAAGCCGGACCCAGACGAAGAGUUCGACAACAGAGGGGAAACUUACAUCGAGUUGCACGAAGACAGGAUUACUCGACCCAGGGUGCACACGACGCUUGGGCACUGAAUUGCUGUGAUGCGACAAGACAAUGGAAAAAUGCAGUGUAUAAUGUACAUGUGAGAUAUUAAAAGAAUUUUCGGAUAAUCUAAU